CUCUACCCUUAUUCCAAGCCGCAGCACCGUCUGGACUCCUUCAACUUCUCGCACAACCACAACUGAUAGUGCCUAGAGACACGAUUCGCAUCUCUAAUAAUCUUCGUUCGCCCUCUCUUCUCCGUCGAGUCCGGCUUCACCCCUUUAACGCGACCACGACAAGUUCCUCCUGCGCUCAUCACCUUUUUUUGCCAUCAACAUCACCAUCCAAUAUUACCUGCCGAUCUCGGGCACAGAUCAAAAGUCGCCAUGGCACCACAGCAAGAUAGUUUCAUCGAUGAUGAGGAGGAGUGCUGGUGAGUUGCCUCUACCACCUCUUGCUGUGGCCAGUUGGCAUGUGGAUCUAGGUAUACUAACCUCGACUUUAGCCCCCUUUGCGUCGAAGAGUUCGACCUUUCAGAUAAGAACUUCCGACCAUGUCCUUGUGGGUAUCAGGUAAGUCAACAACAUAUCAGACACUAUUCUGAUCAUCCUGUCCUUAUUGAUGGCGACUAACACGCCGUUUACCGCAGGUCUGCCAGUUCUGCUUCAACAAUAUUCGCAACAAUCUCAAUAGCCUCUGCCCCGCAUGCCGAAGACCAUACAAGGAAGAGACAAUAGUAUGGAAGGUUGUGUCACCUGAAGAGUAAGUCAGCCCUUGUCGUCCUCCCGCAACCAUCCCGCUUAUCCCGUGAUAGGCAAGCCCAAUUUCGCGCGAACGCCCAGAAGAAUGCCAAGAAGAAGGCAGAGCAGCGACAGAAGGAGGCGCAAAAGCGAGAAGUUGAAAACCUGAAUCGAAAGCACCUAGCAGGCCUACGAGUGGUUCAGAAAAACCUCGUGUACGUUGUUGGGCUGAGUCCUGGCGUCCGUGAGGCCGAAAUGCUACGAACACUUCGAGGCGACGACUAUUUUGGACAAUAUGGUCCCAUCGAUAAGAUUGUGGUCAGCAAAACCAAGAACGGGGAGCCGGUAAACACUUCACAAGGGAUUGGUGUUUACGUCACCUUCCACCGAAAAGAAGACGCUCAAAAAUGUAUCGACUGUGUCAAUGGCACGCCGAAUGGAGAGCGAACCCUACGAGCGCAGCAUGGGACCACGAAAUACUGUUCAGCUUAUCUGCGUGGCGAGGUAUGUACAAAUAAGUCAUGCAUGUUUCUCCAUGAGGAUGGCGAAGCCGAGAGUAGCUAUUCCCGACAAGAUCUUUCCACCCUGAAUAGUGUCAACACGCAAAGACCUUUGCCCGCCAUGGCAUCUGGCUCUGGAUCUUCAGCACGCCAGGCACAACUUCAAGCACCGAUACAACAUGCGCAACCCGUUGCUGCAGCAUCACAACCUAUGGCUCGAGACUCGAGCAAGGAUGGGUCGGAAAGCGGUGAUGGUUCUGCACUUCCUUCCUCAGCCAGCUGGGCCAACCGGGGUCUCCCUCAACGCAGUCGCAGAGGAAGCCAUGCAACUAGUGGUGCAGCACCAAGUCCCGCGGUUUCACACGUCAUGCCAGCUACUGCUGAGGUUAUCGAAGAAACUCCUGCACCUGUUCAAGCCGAGCCCCAGACUGAGCCCGAGCCAGAAGUCGCCAGUCCUGCACCAAGCGCAGAUGUCGUAUCUCCAGCAGAACCAGCUCGACCACAACAUAAUGACGUCCUCAUGUCCAUACUGAGGUCCAUCAACACUUUCCAGCUUUCGUGCCCACGCUCUAGACCCGAUGAUACCAGUUCUUUCCCACCACUAUUUGACGAUCAUGGCGGCGAAAAGAGACGACUUCGAAAACUCCAACAAGAAGAGGCUCGACUUCGUAUGGAACAUGAAUCACAGGAAGACAUAAGCUCAGCAGCACCUGAGCCAGUCGAAGAGGAGGAACCUGAGAGUGGAAGUUUGCAAUUGGGUGGUGAGCCCGAAGAUCGGGAUAGCGGCCGCGACCUUCCUCGCGAUUUUCAACGACGCCCCAGCACACAACUACCUAUUCAAAGAACCAACAACGGCCCUGUUGGACCAAACAUUGCCGGCUACAAUCGUAAUAUCAGUAACUUGGGCGCCAUCAAUGGCCGUUCUUUGACACCUCAACAACAGCAGCAAUUGCUUUUGUUGAAUAGCCAAUCAUCUAGCUUCAUGGAUCAGUACUCCCCCAACAUUUCAGGACCAGUCACCCAAGGUACUGCGUUAUUCCAACAACAAGGCCACAAUCGACAAUCUUCGAGAUAUAGCUUUGCUGAUCAAGCGGGCGCAAAUUCUUCAUCAAUUAAACCUUCUGCAAACCCAAAGCUUAUGGCCCAGCAAUCAUCCAUGAUGCCUUCCACUCAUCCUCAAGGUGGUAAUCAAUUUUAUGGCACUUCAAUUCAAGGACCACCACCAGGACUCAAGUCAACUGGAACUCCUCCUAUCGGUGGCAUGUUUGGACAAGGACAUUCUUUCGGCGGAUCUAUGGCAGGUUCAAGUUUUGGAGCAAAGGAAAGCAAUAAUGAUAUGCUCAGGGAUAUGCUUCGCGGUCGUGGUAAUGUUGGUGGUGGUGGUCAACCACAUGAUGCAGGCAAGCGUGAGUUCAUGUUUCCUUCUUUUCUUCAGCAGUACCCAUCUGCCUCUUCCACUCCAGCUCCUGCUUUGGGUCUCCUGGCAUCGCUCUAUGGUCCUCAGACUGGAGCAUUCCAUGACUUCAGUCAAAAGCAGAAAAAGAAGGGAAAGAAGCACAGACAUGCUAACACUUCCUCUUCUGGGGGAGGUGGCUUAGUCGAUCUUGCAGACCCAAGUAUCUUGCAAGCGAGAAUCCAGCACCAGCAACAGAGCAAUGCCGGAGUCGGACAGGGACUGUUUGGUGGACAGGCUCAAGGUGGGUACAAUCCGAUGAUGUAUGGUGGUGGCGCAGGAUUUGCUCGGUGGUAA